CAGCAAAGAAUGCAACAAAAUUUGGCUGGUGCUAGCUCUAUCGGCUUGGCUGAUGGGAAUGCGAGAGUGGGGAGCCAUGGUGUGGGCUCUUUAGCCCCAGGAAAUCAGAUUCAUCAAGGAAGUCAAGCCAGUGGUGGUGUUGGGUCACAUGAUGGUGGUAAUUCUCAGGUGCAAGAAUCUGACAGAUCCACAGGUGUUGAAGGCAGUGUGCAGGCUGGGAAUGACCAAUCCAUCCAACAGAGUCCUUCAGCUGUUAACGAUGGUCAUAAUGCAAUAAGACGUAAUGGAGCCCUAGGUUUGGUUGCUUCUGCCGCCAGUGCCUUUGAUGCUGCAAAAGAUAUAAUGGAGGCUCUUAGAAGCAAACACACUAAUUUGGCUAGUGAACUUGAGAUUCUGCUCACGGAAAUUGGUUCAAGGUUUGUCACCCUGCCAGAGGAGAGACUACUGGCAGUUGUUAACGCAUUGCUCCACCGCUGUUAUAAGUACCCGACUGCAACUACUGCAGAAGUCCCCCAGUCUCUGAAGAAGGAGCUCUCUGGUGUUUGUAGGGCAUGCUUUUCAGCAGAUGCUGUGAACAAGCAUGUUGAGUUCGUGCGAGAGUACAAGCAGGAUUUCGAACGCGAUCUUGAUCCAGAAAGCACAACUACAUUCCCAUCCACUCUAUCUGAACUGACAGAGCGAUUGAAGCAUUGGAAAAAUGUUCUCCAGAGCAAUGUUGAGGACAAGUUUCCUGCUGUGUUGAAGCUGGAAGAGGAAAGCAGGGUAUUGCGUGACUUCCAUGUUGUAGAUGUGGAGGUUCCAGGACAGUAUUUUUCAGAUCAGGAAGUUACAACUGAUCAUGCGGUAAAGUUAGACAGGGUUGGAGCAGAUAUUCCGAUUGUGCGAAGGCAUGGAAGCAGUUUUCGGCGCUUGACUCUAAUAGGCUCUGAUGGCUCCCAGCGACAUUUUAUUGUUCAGACUUCUUUGACUCCCAAUGCUAGAAGUGAUGAACGUAUGCUGCAGCUUUUCCGUGUGAUGAACAGAAUGUUUGACAAACACAAGGAAUCAAGACGCCGCCACAUUUGCAUUCACACUCCAAUUAUUAUCCCUGUUUGGUCCCAGGUACGCAUGGUCGAAGAUGAUUUAAUGUACAGUACCUUUCUUGAAGUGUAUGAGAACCACUGUGCUAGGAACGACAGAGAGGCAGACCUACCCAUAACCUAUUUCAAAGAACAGCUCAACCAAGCAAUAUCUGGCCAGAUGUCUACGGAAGCUGUGGUAGAUCUCCGCCUCCAUGCUUAUAACGACAUAACAAAGAAUUAUGUGACCGAUAGCAUUGUGUCCCAGUACAUGUACAAGACUCUGCUAAGUGCAAACCAUAUGUGGGCUUUCAAGAAGCAAUUUGCCAUUCAGUUGGCCCUCUCAAGUUUCAUGUCAUUCAUGCUUCAAAUUGGGGGAAGGUCCCCUAACAAGAUUUUGUUUGCUAAAAACACUGGCAAAAUAUUCCAGACUGAUUUUCACCCGGCUUAUGAUGCGCAUGGAAUGAUUGAGUUUAACGAACCAGUUCCUUUCCGCUUGACAAGGAAUUUACAGGCUUUCUUCUCACAUUUUGGGGUGGAAGGCCUCGUUGUUUCUGCCAUGUGUGCAGCAGCGCAGGCUGUCGUUUCACCAAAACAAAGUCAGCAUUUAUGGCAUCAUUUAGCCAUGUUUUUCCGGGAUGAGCUCUUAUCUUGGUCUUGGAGAAGACCUCUAGGGAUGCCUCUUGCCCCUGUCGUUGGAGGGGGUAACAUGAACCCCGUGGACUUUAAACAAAAGAUCAUGACAAAUGUGGAUCAUGUUAUUGACCGGAUCAAUGGAAUAGCCCCACAAUAUGUAUGUGAAGAGGAAGAGAAUGCUGUGGAUCCGCCACAAUCAGUGCAGAGAGGUGUUACAGAGUUGGUUGAAGCUGCUUUGACCCCAAGGAACCUUUGUACGAUGGAUCCGACAUGGCAUCCCUGGUUCUAACUCAUGGUACUAGCCAACCCCAUCCCCUCCCUUAAGGAGCAGUAUACCUCAGUAGGUCGUCAGCAAUUGCUUCUUGUAAAUUCGAUGUAAAUAUUUCUUUGAAUUAAUUGCUAGUUGUCUUAUCUAUUUUCUGCUCGGAUGUAAUUUUGACCUUGAUCUUUAGAGCAACUGUUUUUUUUGGUGUCCGGUGUUGUUACCGUAAUUAUUGGUAAUUGAGUAUCUAUUUGGUAUUUGGAUUCAA